AUGUCUAAGCAAAAGCUUGUCGAGGAGCGAGGGGAAGAAGGGAGAGAGCAUACUACCGGGGACAAUUUAGGCCACUUUUCCGCCCCACCUUGCGGCCCCACUUUCAUCACGCUCGCAUACGACAACCGGGGUGGAGCCCGCUGUCGUACUCGCAGGGCAGGACCACACCAUCACAAGGGAGGUCAUUUGCCAGGACAGCGCGGGAUUUAUUCACGAGGUGCCGAUAUGGAAUGGAUGCGGAGCGCCAUUUUCGGCGAGGACACCCCAUCACCUGUCAGGGUUUUUACGAGGCUGUUUACCGCGGGCGGCGAGGAGAAAGAGGACAGCGAUGAUGCAGGGACUCGCGAGAUGCGUCCAGAGCGCAAAAAGUGCGACUGCGUCAUUUUAUUCCCCCCUUGUGCUCUCGAAUGCUGUUCGGCGCAAGGGCGCGGAGAGGACUCCGACGAUGAGGAGGAUGACGACGACACGGAGGGUUCGGACGAAGAGGCGGAGCGCAAGAAGGACAUGGUCCGCGAUAUGCAUGAUGCCGCCGCGGAACAUGAUGAUGUUCGGGAGUUGUACAAGUUGUACGUGAAAGAGCGCAAGGAUUCCGUGGCCGUGGAGCUCUCUUACCCGAGUAAAAGGUAGCAGAUCACAAAACCGCGCGGGCAAGUCCUGUACUACAUUGCCGGGUGGGCGACCAGCAAGGCUUGGACGCAUCAACGAAGACACAACCUUUCCCAGGAUUGGGUGCGUGUCGUCCAACACAACACUCGCCGGUCCUGUGGGGAGGCGAUAUGUACUGAUUCUAUGCUGAGAGAUAUCGUAGCAAUAGUCGAUUUGAAGAACGAAAUGAAGAACUGUCCGGGACUUCUUUACCCUACGAUGGAGUGGGUAGAGUUCGUGUAUGCCGUGGAGAGGGGCAUAUUCCAUUUUUUGAAAACCCCAUCUUCCUUGCUGCUUGCCUCGGAGAUUUGCCAGCGGAGAUUUUCAAAGUUGUAAGCGAGGCGGAGGUCGUCAGGGAAAUGUGGGGAAACGGCUGCCCCCGUGGUCCUCCUGCCAUCGAUCCUAGUGUACCCCAAGAGAUGUUUCUUUUUGUUGUCGGGAAAAUCCUCAACGUGCGAAUGGGUGACUUCGCGAAGAGUGCAAGGGAGGAUACUUCCCUCAAGUUCUCGAAGGCCGCGCCUGCUUUGCGGCAACAGCUGAACGCACGGGUCGGGCCAAAUGGAGGGGCGUGGGCCGGUAGUGGCAAAGCAAAGUGGGUUGCACAGGGGGGCGGGGCCGCAGGAGAGGGCGGGGGGGGGGGGUACUCAUAGUCGUGCAUGCCGUAGUCGUUAGAUCCUUAAUCAGUUGAAGGGGAUGUCCCGGGCGGAGAUUAGCGACAGGUGCACCGGAAGACAACUUCUCGUGCUCGUAAAGGACGCCGGGAUUAAGAAGAGCACAAUGAACUCCUCAAGAAAAGAUUAUCUCCUCGAUUACCUGGCGGCGUAUGUGGGUGGGUUCGGGCAGGAAUCUGUUGAAGGGGCAGGCCCCAGUGCGACGGGGGGUGGUCCAGCCGAGGGAGGAUGCGGGGUGUGUGGUGGUGAGAACGCGGGCGAGGGCAACGCCCCGACAGGUAGCAACGCCCCGGCAGGUAGUGGGGAGAUGGUCUCUGUCGGUAGUGAUUUUACGACGUCAGAAGUGCCUGCGCAGGACGGAAGAGACGACGACGGUUACCUUUCCCGACCGGUUACAAUGGAUUUCUCGCUGUCGGUUGUGGAGGGGGCUGGAGUAUCUAGCGGGGGUGGCUCUUGAACAAUUUUGCGAGGCUGAAGGUGGAAGUUGGUUUGUCCGUGGCGUCGGCUUUCGUUUCGUAAUAUCGAACCGUUCAUGGAUAAGGACUACCAUCUUAUUUGUGUGCAUGUCGAAGUUGGCGUGGACAAUUCUUAUAGCCACUAGGAGCACCGGCGUGUUGCGCACCUAUGCCGCGUAAUAGCCUUUCUCGAAGUACAAGUCUUGUGUAUGGGUGUAAACAAUGGUCGUUCCCCUUAGCCGGAACCAUGUCAGUCAGCGGGGAUUCUCUUCGUUGCCGCAUUCAGCCGAGAGCGUUGCAGUGGCGAGGUGGGGUUGAACUGCGUCCAGUUAUUACUUCGUGUAAAUUGACAAGGAGAGCAUAUAGUAACCAUCCCGAUGUCUUCAACACCGGUAAACCAAUUUGACCUGAAGUAGCUACCUUCCUACCGCCCGGGACAUAUCAUCCUCAAGGCUGUGUUGGUGAAGAAUCCGAAGUCGGUCCGAUACGUGUACAACCGAAACAAUCGACAGGACUAUUGUCAAAAACAGAGAGGAUGUAGGGGGGACAAGGAACCGAGAGGCUUCGUCCGUGAGCAUCAAACACCCGGUGAUUUAGGCGGAGGGAGAUAUGACGAACCUCCAAUGAACAAAAGACAAGAGAGAAAACUUCCAACA